GUGGGAAAAACACAUCUUCUAAAAAAACACCAGGGUUUUUUCAGAGGAAGGAUGACUAUUAUAUGGGUGACAGCGUCCAAGGAGUGUUCAGUGUUAAAGGUCCAAACACAAAUAUUAGACGAGCUAAAAUUGAAAGGGGAUGGUAAUGUGAGAACCCAAAGUGGCAUGAUCCGUGACUUCCUGGAAAAUAAAAGCUUUCUUAUACUAUUGGAUGACCUUUGGGAAAGAAUUGAUCUAGAAGUAGUUGGCAUACCACAUCCCCUUGGAAUUGAACCUGUGAACAAAUUCUAGAGAAAAGUUGUGCUCACAACAAGAUUUACAUCCGUUUGUGGUUGGAUGGAGGUGAAAAAACAGAUUAAAGUUCCAUAUAUGCAGGAGAAUGAGGCGUGGGAGCUAUUCAGAGAGAAGGUCGGAGACCAAACUCUUUUUUCUCCUGGUAUUGAAGAUCGUGCAAGAAUACUUGUGACUGAAAUGAAGGGCUUGCCUUUAGCUUUGGUAACUGUGGGAAGGGCAAUGUCUUGGAAAUUUUGUCCGGAACAAUGGGAUUCUGCCAUCCAACAUAUGAAAAAGUCAUGCUGCAGUGACACAAAUGAAGACCCCCUGAAGAUGGAGGAAGAAGUUUUCAAAAAGAUCAUGUUUAGCUAUGAUAACUUAAAAAGUGAUAGGUUGAAGAACUGUCUCUUGACCUGUUCAUUGUGGCCUGAGGAUCAGGCGAUUCACAGGAAAGAGCUCGCUCAAUGUUGGAUUGGCCUAGGUUAUGUGAAUGAGGAGGACAUACAAAGUUCCUACACAAAAGCUUAUAGUCUGAUGAGCGACCUUACAUGUGCAUGUUUGUUAGAAGACUGUGAAGAAUGGAAUGAUCAUGUCAAACUACAUGAUGUGAUUCGUGAUAUGUCUUUAUGGAUAUCUUGUGGCUGCGGUGAGAACAAUGGCAACUGGUUUGUCCGUGCAGGAGUUGGUCCAGAUGAAAAAUUUAGCAUCCCCUGGAGCAGUGCAGAAUACAUCUCACUAAUGUUCAACGGGAUGAAGAAGUUUUCUUCUAUUGGUGAUCCGCUGAAACUGAGGGUGCUAAUGCUUCAAGAUAAUAUGUUGGAUGAAACAAUAGUAUGUGGAGUACUUGUGAAUUCCACUAAACUGACAUAUCUGGAUUUGAAAAAUAACGACUAG